AGUGAGGCAACAUUCAUAUGGCAGUGCAGACACUAAAAGAAGCAUGGAAGGGUUAACCGAGUUUGUGUCAAAAUCUUUUGUCAAAGACAAUAUACCAAAGUUCCCCGAGUCAACCCCUACCUUUCCCUGUAAGGUAGAGGCUGGGUUUGACCCCCCGUCCGAACCCACGGAUCUGAGGACACGUAAGAGGAGUGAAAGUCCGGAGCCUAAAACCUCCAAAAACGAGGUACAAGAGGGGACCCCUCCAACCACUAAAGUAGAAACAAUAGAGUGUUCCGAUGAAUCUGACAAUGAAUCCGCCGUCAAUGAGAGGAACAGCGUAUCAGAGGAAGGGAAGGAUCACCCAAAACUGAAGCAGAGACGGAGCCGGACAAACUUCACGUUAGAACAGCUGAACGAGCUGGAGAGGUUGUUUGACGAGACGCACUACCCUGACGCCUUCAUGAGAGAGGAACUCAGUCAAAGACUGGGAUUGUCGGAAGCCAGAGUCCAAGUAUGGUUUCAGAACCGGAGAGCAAAGUGCAGAAAACAAGAAAGCCAGAUGCAGAAAGCUGGGUUACUGAUUCAAGCACAAGGAACGCCAUUAGACGCCUGCAGAAUGACGCCAUACGUAACCAUGCCUCCGAUGCGUGAACCGAUCGAGCGCUUACCGCCCAUAUCGCCCUUCCUCCCCUACUACCCGAUCCCCACCCCCGGGAGUCACGCCCCUCAGGCCCUCCACCCCUUACUUCUGUAUCACCACCACUAUGCUGCGGCCUUGAACUACGACAGAAAGUCAAACGACUCCUUGCAUGACACCAACUUAUUCAUAAAUGCAGAUAAUUUCGAAAUUCUAUACUUACAUUGUGUAUAUGAGGUCAAGAAUUCCAGCAUUGCGGAUCUUAGAAUGAAAGCGAGACAGCACCUAGCUUCACUGGGAAUCUGAAAAAGUAAACAUUGUUGGAUUUUAUAAUUCGACAGUAUUUUGAAUGAUAUCAUAGAUAUUUUAUCUCUUCUAAGUCGCAAACUUUUGAAGUUUUUAUAAACUUGUCUUUGUUGAAUAUAUUCAGUCUUUCAGAGUAUUCGAGAUAUCAGUGGUAAAAAAAGUAGUUGGGACUUCAAAUUCACAUCGAUAUCCAUUUAUCUAUGGUAUUCGAGAUAUCAGGUUUCGAGAUACCGAAGUUCAACUGUAACUUUUUAAAAAGUUUAUGUACUA